AGAAGAGCUUCAGGAACAAUGCCUUCAAAAGUCUCGUGUUUAUAUGUCUUGACAGUUGUGUGUUGGGCAAGUGCUUUGUGGUACUUAAGCAUAACACGUCCCACUUCCUCCUACACCUCCUCUUACACUGUUCACAAAACGUAUGACAGCAUCUCAAUGGCUCGAAAAAAUGUUUCCUUUGGGAACAUAAGGACUCGACCAAUAAACCCACAUUCAUUUGAUUUUCUCAUCAAUGAGCCAGAGAAGUGUGAGAAGAACACUCCCUUUUUGGUUAUUCUAAUCAGCACAACACACAAAGAGUUUGAUGCGCGACAAGCCAUCCGGGAGACAUGGGGAGACGAGAACAACUUCAAAGGCAUUAAGAUCUCGACUCUUUUUCUUCUGGGGAAAAACACAGAUUCUGUGUUAAACCAGAUGGUUGAGCAAGAAAGUCAAAUUUUUCACGACAUCAUUGUGGAAGAUUUCAUUGACUCAUAUCAUAACCUGACCCUGAAAACAUUAAUGGGGAUGAAGUGGGUGGCCACGUUUUGUUCAAAAGCCAAGUAUAUCAUGAAAACAGACAGCGACAUUUUCGUAAAUAUGGACAACCUUAUUUACAAGUUGCUAAAACCGAACACCAAGCCAAGACGAAGGUACUUUACUGGCUACGUCAUCAACGGAGGCCCCAUCAGGGAUGUCCGGAGCAAAUGGUACAUGCCUAGGGACUUGUAUCCUGACAGCAACUACCCGCCAUUUUGCUCAGGCACAGGCUAUAUAUUUUCUGCCGAUGUAGCAGAGAUGAUUUACAAAACUUCCCUCCAUACUAGACUCCUUCAUCUUGAGGACGUUUACGUGGGACUCUGUCUGCGGAAGCUUGGCAUCCAUCCUUUCCAAAACAGUGGCUUCAAUCACUGGAAGAUGGCCUACAGCCUGUGCAGAUACCGGCGUGUUAUUACGGUACAUCAGAUAUCCCCUGAGGAAAUGCACAGGAUUUGGAAUGAUAUGUCCAGCAAGAAGCAUCUCAGAUGUUAG